CUCCAGUCCACAGCCUAACCAUCCCUCCCCACCCAAUUCCCCAAAGGGGCAAUUGGGGCUUCCAGCUGCAGAGAAACAAGACAGCCCAGCCCUGCCGGGCUCCUCCCUUCUCGAUCCAACUCACUUUUUGAGAAGAACUGCAACCUUUAUACUCUCCCUCACCCCACCUCAUCCAAGCUUCCUUCCUGGGGGGGCCUGGAUGUGGAGGCGGAAGCUAUGGUCCUGCACCCUCCGCCGCCUAGGGCUCUGGCCACCACCCGGGGCUCCGGGCUGCCCGGAGUCCUGGGUCUUUCUCCACCACCACAGCCUACGCACGGACUCCCGCCUCUGCUUCUCGCACCUCCGCCACUGCUCCUGCUCCUGCUGCUUCUCCUCCUUCUGAGCACGCCAGGGGCUCCAUGCCCCCUCCAAUGCUACUGUUUUGGAAGCCGGGAGACAAUAAGCUGCAGCCACGUUGUCCUCCAAGAACUGCCCCACGACCUACCCACCAACGUGCACAACCUCAGCAUCGUGGGCUCCAACCUGACUGUCCUGCACUCCGCUGCCUUCGCUGGAGAGGAGCUGCCCACAGCAGAGGGCAAUAGCAGCCACAACAGCAGCGGGGGCUGGGCUGUACGCCUGGCCAAUCUCACAUCUUUACGGCUCAAUCAAGACAACAUCCAAGUGGUGGAGGACGGAGCCUUCUGGGGUCUGCCCCACCUGGCCUCCCUGGACCUCAGUCAUAACCCAUUGGGCACCCUGGGUGCCUCUGCCUUUCAUCCGCUGCCGGCCCUGAGUGUCCUCAGGCUCAAUGACGCUGUGCAAGGGUUGGGUGAUCAGCUGGACGCCGCCCUCCAUGGCCUGGCCACCCUGCGCCGCCUCGAGCUUCAAGCCAAUGAGCUGACCCACCUGCCACCCUCUGCCCUGGAGUUAGCUCAACUAGAGCUGCUGGACGUGCAAAGCAACGCGCUGACCGGACUGGCGCCGGCUGAACUACGCGCAUUGGGCGGGGAGACCCAGGGGACCCCGACUACCCCAACAGCCCCGGGACCUAGAAGGCUGCGCGUGUGCCUAGCAAAAAACCCGCUGCUCUGUGACUGCGGGGCCCGCGCGCUUCUGACCCUGCUCUACAAGACUCCCAGGCAGGUGCCGGAUGCGCGCAGUCUGCGCUGCGCCGCGCCCCAGGCGCUCCAAGGCGUCUCUUUACUGGCUUUGAACGAAUCAACGCUAACCUGCGCCCAGGGUCCCCAAGAGAAGGACGAGGGGAAUGAGGAAGGGAAAGGAAAGGGAAAAGAGGAGGCGGAGAUGGAAGGGAACGAGGAGGAGGGAACUGAGGGAAGGAAUGAGAAAGGGGAGACGGGCACUGGGGAGGAACUGGAAGCGUCCUACGUCUUCUUCGGCAUCGUUCUGGCUCUCAUCGGUGUAGUCUUUCUUAUGGUCCUCUACCUGAACCGGCGGGGCAUCAAGCGCUGGACGCGCAACCUGCGCGAGGCGUGCCGGGACCAGAUGGAAGGCUACCACUACCGCUAUGAACAGGACGCGGAUCCCCGCAGGUCUGGUACCGCCAGCUCGUCCGGCACCCUCUGAAUACGACGCUCUCGGUCAGGCAAACUGGACUGCUAGGGAGAAGAGGGGAACUUAGCCCCUCUCCGCACCCAACCUUUGGCUCUUCGUCCCUUCCCAUUUUAAGCAUUUAGUCUCCAACCUUCCUCGUCCGUUUUCCUUCUCCCCCUUUCUCCUUCUCCCCUCCCUCCCCCACGGCAACUGAUCCUUGGCUCUUAACCCUCCUGUUAAAAUUUAGGCACUUUGCUCUACCUUGUAAACCUGUUAUUUAGUCCCCGCCUAUUUCUAGACUCUUAGUUCCUCCCCCAGACGCUUGGGCCCUUUCUCAAGUUUUAGGCACUUAAUAUUUCCCCUUAUUACUCCCCUCCACAUUAUUCCCCUCCCCCCAGGCCUGGGGAAAUGAGGACUCAGUCUCUAAUACAUCAAGCUCUUCCUCCUCUUCUAUACUUCUUCCUUCCUUCUCUUCUUUCUCAUCCUCGAAUUUUUAUUCUUCCUCUGCUUCUCAGUCCUUUUCCUUUCUUUCCCUUCAUCUUCCCUUUUUCUUUUUUCAUCCCUGCUCCCCCUCUUUCCUCUUUUCCUUGUUUUCUCCCCUUCUUUAUUCAAAUACCUUCAUCUUCCACCCUACCCCCACUUCUCUCCUCCUUUGGUUUUGGGCUAGGGAAAAGUCCUUAUAAUUCUAACUGGGAAGAUGAAAAGAUGAAGAAAAGAUUUUCUUGAGGUUUUGCAGAAAUAGAGGGGUUUGAAUGCACUCCCUGAAGAGACAGCCAGACUGCUCUCAGGACCCAUUGCUGCUAAAACUGGUGCCUCCACUCCAUCCCACCUAUUCCCCUCUCCCUUACCCACCUAAUUCUCAUUCCUUUUCUUUAUUCUCAUCAAAUGAGAUAUUUGUGGAGCCCUUAGCACACUGUCUGGCACAUAGUAGGCGCUAUACAAAUGUUUAUUUCUUUCCCAUUUAUUCCUGUUCUUUAUGUACUCUCAAUUGCCUCCUUCCAGCUUUUCUCCCUUUCCUCCUUUCCUUUUCUCUUCCUAUUUUCUUCCCAUUUCUCCCUCACUUGAAAUCUCUUUCCUCCCUUUCAUGGAAAAUAGAAUAUUAGCACUGGAAAGGUCCUUAGAGGUUAUCUAAGCCAAACUUUUCUUGACCCUUCUUUCCUCUUCUCUCUGAGUCUCUCUCCUCUUUCUCCUUUUUCUACCUCUUCCUCUUCCAAUAUGCCUCCUCCUUGAACCCCUUUUACUUCCACUCCUACCCACUAAGCAAACUUGGAUCAGUAACCUCCUCUUUCUCAUCCCUACAAGGAUUCUCCCCUCUUUAAACCCCUUCCUCCUCUAGGGGACCUUGGUCAACCUGACAAGUUUCCCCUCUUUUCUCAGGCACAAAUUCCCCUGCUCCCUCCUUACUGCCCCAGUGAACCUGUUUAAAAAUCUGGGGUCUGUCUGUCAGCCACUUGCAUGAUCUCAAAGCACACCCAUUGUGGGGAGGGGUACUGCCUAAUCCUGGAAUCCCCUCUCCCUGGGAUUUCCUCCUUCCAUAGGUCAGGCUGUGACAACAGAUUAUGUCCACACUAUGGAACAGGGAGCUGCCCCAUCCCAACCCCUUAAGAUUCAAGCCCCCCUUUACUUGUUCAAUCUCUUGAGUGGUCAGUUUUCUAUAAAGCUUGCAAUAUUUUCUGGACCCUCUAGUUUUCCCUUGGAAGUGCUUGUGUCAUUCUUCAUUCGAUCUUGAAGGAAUCCCGGGUUGGACAGCUCACAGGCAAGGAAUGGGAGUCACACACAC